AGCAGAGGUGUCCUCUAUCUCUGACUUCCUCAGUGCAUUUGAGAUGGUCCCCUUCCCCACAAUCAGCCUCUUUCCGUCUCUCCCUGUCUCUUUUUCGGUCUCUGUCUUGCUCUCCCCCCUUACUCUCUCCCUUGCCCCCAUCCCCAAUUUCUUUAUCACCCCUUCCUCUAUUUCUUUCCCUCUUCCCAUCCUUUCAGUCUCUCUCUUCCCAUCUGUUUCUCCUCCCUUUUCUCUGGAUGACUGUCUCUUACUCCUGUUCCCUUCCGUUGCCCAGACCCCAUCCCUCUUCCUCUCAUCUCCCCAACCCUCCCCAGCUUCCCCCUACCCUUCUAUUUCUCCCUCAUCUCUUGCUGUUCUCUCUUUGCAUCUCUUCCUGCUUCUGUCCCCUUCUCUCUCUGGAUAUUUCUCUCUGUGUGUGUCUCUUCAACUUCCUUCUGCUACCAGUCACUGCCUCCCCCAAAUUCUUCCCUCCCCCACCUCUGUUCUCAGUCUCUGGGUCUCUCUGUCUUUCCGAUUCUCCUUGUCUCUCUCCGUCUCCCUCCCUCUCUGGAUCUGUUUCUCUUCUUCCUCAGCUUCCUUCUGCCACUCAGACCCUGCUCCCCAACCACUUCCCUUCCCCCCAAUCCCUCUCCUCUCGGAGGCUCCCCCAUCCCUCAGCAGCUCCCCUCCCCCUCCCUCCCUCCUCCCUUCUUCUCUCUUCCAGCUCCGCACUUUACCCAGCGACACGAAAACCAAAUUGUCUCCUCACCUUUUUUCAAAUCCCGACCCUCACAUCCUGACCGCCCAAGCUCCGAGCUACCCCCAGCUCCCCUCCCCCUCACUCUACACCCCCAUUCUUCAUACGCCUCCUCAUCUCCAUCCCCUCUCAACCAGGUCGGACGCCUGGGUCCCUUGCUGCUGGGGGAGGGGGAAGCAGCGAGAAUUGGGAGCCCAGAGGUGUUUCUGGGGAGGGUGCUGGCAGCAGGGGCUGGACGUCCCUCCCAGUGCAUCGGAGAGUUGACCUAUCGUUAACUGAGCUGAAGACCAUGACUUCACUCUGACCUCCGCCUCUGCAGCCACCUGCUCGCUGCCCCCAUCCCCUCUGGCCCCUCGAGGCCCCCCAGCUUCUGCCUGUGCUGUGACCCCCC